AUGGACGAGAAGGAGUGGGCAGUCGUCGGCCAAUUCAACGAAGGAGGCAAAGAAGUUCCAAAGGUCCAUGGGAAGGAUCAAUGGACGGUUUGGGACCCCAAGAAACGAGCACAGGCUAUCCUCGCGCAACCGGAGUUGCGGGAUCGAUUUCCCGAGACGUGGGCUUCGGCAGCUGAAGUUAACAAGAAGCUACAGCAAGGCCGAAAGUUGCAGUAA